AUGCACAUUAUUUCCACUGUACAACUUCCUCUCACGCAUACGCCGCCCCUGUUCACGCAUACGCCUCACUGUACAACUUCCUCCUCGCCGCUGUUUCACGUCUCCUUGUCGCUGUUUCACGUCUCCUUGCUUCCGAUUCACUCCCUUCACGUCUCCUCGCCGCCGAUUCACGCUCUUCACGACUCCUCUCCGCCGAUUCACGCCCUUCACGACUCCUGCCACCGAUUCACGCCCUUCACGACUCCUCGACGGCCGUUCUGGAAGGCAUUGCAAUGUGUUGUAUCCAGAAUGCAAGAUUCUGAACUUCCUGUGCGCGUUGAUUCUGUUUUUGCCUUGUGCUCUUUCAUCGAAGCAUGCAAAGAUCUGAAUGAAUUCGUCCUAUUCUUCCUCAGCUUCUUGAUGUUUUUCAAACUUAUGAAUGAGGUUGAGAAUGAAGACCUGGUAUUUACUUUGGAGACUAUUGUGGACAAGUUUGGAGAAGAGAUGGCGCCUUAUGCACUAGGACUAUGUCAAAAUUUGGCUGCUGCAUUUUGGAGGUGUAUGAACUCUGCAGAAGCUGAUGAUGAAACUGAUGAUCCAGGAGCUCUGGCCGUAGUUGGUUGUUUACGUGCUAUUAGAACAAUCCUUGAAUCAUUUAGCAGGCUUCCUCACCUUUUUGUGCAAGUUGAGCCAACUUUGCUUCCUAUAAUGCAAAAAAUGUUAACAACAGAUGGUCAAGAGGUUUUCGAAGAAGUUUUGGAGAUUGUACCAUAUAUGACAUUUUUAUCUCCAUCAAUAUCUCUGGAGAUGUGGACUCUUUGGCCAGUGAUGAUGGAAGUGCUGGCAGAUUGGGAAAUUGAUUUCUUUCCAAAUAUUUUAGUUCCGUUGGACAACUAUAUUUCAAGAGGAACUGCUCAUUUCCUUACUUGCAAAGAUCCUUAUUAUCAACAAAGUCUAUGGAACAUGAUUAUGGCGGAUAAAAAUAUGGAGGAUAACGAUAUUGUGCCAGCUCCAAAGCUUAUUGAAGUUGUCUUCCAGAAUUGUAGAGGACGGGUGGAUCACUGGGUGGAGCCAUAUCUCAGAAUCACAAUUGAAUGCUUGAACCGGACUAAAAAGUCAUUUUUGAAAUGUCUUUUCAUGCAACUGCUAUUUUUUCAUAUUGCAGAUGCUCUUUACUACAAUUCAGCACUGACUCUCAACAUAUUGCAAAAGUUGGGUGUCGCCUCUGAAUUCUUCCAUCUUUGGUUUCAUUUGUUGGGACAAGUCAAAAAGAGUGGUUUGCGCGCUAAUUUCAAAAGGGAACAUGAGAAGAAAGUGUGCUGCCUUGGUUUAAUUUCAUUGGUGGCACUUCUGGCUGGUCAAUUGCCUGGGGAGGCUUUGGGUCGAGUAUUUCGGGCCACACUUGAUCUUCUAAUUGCUUACAAGGAUCAAGUUGCAGAAGCUGCAAAGGAGGAAGAAGCUGAAUAUGAUGAUGAUAUGGAUGGCUUUCAAACUGAUGAUGAAGAUGAAGAUGGCAAUGGUUUUGAUAAGGGACUUUUUACAUCGGUUAUUACUCCCAACCGAUGUACAAAGUUGCGUCACUAG